GUCAACGUUCCCAUUCACUAACAAAAUAAAAACCAACUCCCCACACCCUUUCGUUUCUCUCGUCCAAACACAACCUCCGAUGGCUGCCGGAGCGUCGCUUCCCCUCUCUCUCCAGAUCGCCGAUGCAAUCCUUCUCCUCUUCUUCCUCGUCAUCUCCAUCGCCGCUCCUCUCAUCGACGCGCAGACCUGCCUUCCUACACGCUUCUUCCCCCAAUUCCUCGUCGACCUCAAGUCCUGGCACGCCAAUGAGUACGGUGAUUUUCUCAUGCUUGAGAAGCCCGGCUUCUUCGUCGGCCUCGUCUGGCUCGAGAUCGUCUUCCAGUGGCCGCUCGCCCUCGCCAACAUCGUCGGAAUAAUCGGCAGGAAAUCGUGGUACAGGACCACGUGCCUUAUCUACGGCGUCUCUACUUCCAGUGGAAUGAUUUAAGGGUCAUCUAACCAUCCACAAUGGAGUCCAUCAGAUCAAUGCUCCAGAUCAGACCAUUAACCCCGCUGAAUUCCAUUCGCAUUCUGACGCAUUAGGACCUGAUAAUUCAUCAUUCACAAAUAAAUGUGGAUAAAUGAUUUGGAUAAUUCAAUCAGUGGCCCAUCUACCUACAAUGGAUCAUCUGUUGGUGGGACGGUUGGGAUCAUUCCAUUGUUACGAUUUUUGAGUCAUGGCCCAUUGGAGUCGUAGAUAUUCAAUCCGACGACAGGGAAGGGUGGUUGAGCACAUGGAUGACCAACAGUAAUGAUUUAUGAACCAAUUUGAUUUUCUUAACUUGUAUUGGUAGUUAAUUCAUAGUUCUAGAACUCGGUGAGUUAACUCGACUUAAUGGGAUUUUGAGCAGAGUCAGUAAGAAACAUGACUCAAGUCCUGAUUUAAGAUGACUCGAUGAGUUGGUUCACGGACUCGGUCGAGUUGACUCGAUUCAUAAUGAUGUAAGCUAACUCACGCGCAUGGUUGACGUUUCUAAUUCAAAAACUGACCAUAUGAAACAAAUGCUUAUUAACAACA